GAAAUAUAAGCCCAGAUCUAUGUUUCCGCUGCUUUAAGGUUUUGGCCUUAAAAACUUAUUUCAGGUCUGAACUUAUUUCCGGUCUGGAUUUUAUUCAUCAUUUGAGGAGAAGGAUUGCACAAGAUGGACAAAAUGACACUUAUACCAACUGUUAACGGACAAGAAAUACCAAAUCUGGUACCUUCAGAGUUGCGUCUGGACCAACCCAGUGUGGACAUGAGCUCAGCAGAGAGGUUUCUAGAGCGCUGUACAGCUCUGAUCCUGGAGGAGGCAGUGAAGAGAGCCACCAACCGAUCAGAGAAGGUUUGUGAGUGGGUGUCUCCACAGCAGCUGCAGCAGUUGCUGGACCUGGAUCUGGGAGACACAGGAGAGUCCGAGGAGGAGCUUCUGCAGAGGUGCAGGGACGUCAUCAAGUACAGCGUCAAGACUGUUCACCCUCAUUUCUUCAACCAGUUGUUUUGCGGGUUGGAGCCUUACUCUCUGGCUGCCAGCUUCAUCAUAGAGGCCCUCAAACCCAGCAUAUACACAUAUGAAGUGGCCCCAGUCUUCACAGUGAUGGAGAAGGUUGUAUUGAAGAAGAUUAUUGAAGUGAUUGGAUGGGAAGAUGGAGAUGGGAUUUUCAAUGCAGGUGGGUCUCUGUCCAACAUGUAUGCCAUAAAUCUGGCCAGAUUUCACUACUGCCCCGAGAUCAAGGAGCUUGGCAUGUCAGCCUCUCCGCGUCUGGUCCUCUUCACUUCACAGAAUAGUCAUUACUCAAUUGUCAAAUCUGCAGCAUUUUUGGGCAUUGGUACCAAGAAUGUUUAUAUGGUCCCAUGUGAUGAAAGGGGCAAGAUGAUCCCUGGUGCUUUGGAGGAAAUGAUAUUAAAGGCGAAAAAGGAGGGAGCACAACCAUUUAUGGUGAAUGCCACUGCAGGCAGCACUGUCCUGGGAGCAUUUGACCCCAUUGAACAGAUCGCAGACAUUUGUGAGAAAUACGAUCUUUGGCUGCAUGUGGAUGCAUGUUGGGGAGGAGCUGUUAUCUUGUCUAAGAAGCAUAAACACUUAUUACAAGGCAUCCAUAGAGCCAACUCUGUGGCAUGGAACCCACAUAAGAUGAUGAUGGCUUGUCUGCAGUGCUGUGCCUUUGUGGUUCGAGACCAAAAGCAUCUUCUGGAACGUUGUUACUCCGCCAAAGCGCGCUACCUCUUCCAGCAGGAUAAGUUCUAUGAUGUCACUUUUGACACUGGAGACAAGUCCAUCCAGUGCGGCCGCAAACCAGAUGCCUUCAAGCUCUGGCUCCUGUGGAAAGCUCUGGGCAGCAACCGACUGGAGCAGAGAGUGGAGCGCGCUCUGGCCAUGGCACAUUAUCUGACACAGCAGAUCAAAGAUCGACAAGAGUUUCAGCUGUUCAUGGAGCCCGAAUACACCAACGUGUGUUUCUGGUAUGUGCCCCCAAGUCUGAGAAAUGUCCCUGUUGGCCCUGAAUUUUGGAACAAGUUGCACAAGGUGGCACCAGUGAUAAAGGAGCGUAUGAUAAAGAAAGGCAGUCUGAUGGUCGGGUACCAGCCUCAUGGGGACAAGGCAAACUUCUUCAGGAUGGUCAUUAUAAGUCCUCAGGUCACCUCUGAAGAUAUGGAUUUUGUGCUGGAUGAGAUUCAUUGUUUAGGACAGGAUCUGUAAACAACUACUACUACUAGAACUAGGGAUGGGCAUUCGAUGAAAUUUUCUUAAUCGAUCGUCGGAAGAAUUAACGAUCGAUUAUCGAUUAAUCAUUAACGUUUUUAUAUUAAAAUGAUCAUCAUUAUUAUUACUACUAUCUGCACUACUAAUCUGUAUAAAUAAAUUCAACUUUACGACAUAUAAACCGUAACGACUCUAGAGCCACAUCAAUACGUUUGAUAUUAUAAUGUGUUUCACUAGCUAGGACCACGCCAACAACGACAUAGUGCGAAGUUUAUUGAUAAUGUACGAAGCGAGGUAGAGAUGACUGGAUUGAGACUAUGGGUGGGGGCUCCGUCUCAAUCUACAAUUGGCCCAGCCCCCCCCCCCCUUUACCCUUUUACAUAAUUGAGGGAGUGCACAGCUUGCUCUUGUUUUGUCGCCUCUCUGCCAAAUGUUGUACGAUUUAAAGAGUUUAAUUUAUCUUGACUUCUCAGCCUCACACAUUUUACUGAUGGUGGAAUGAUGAAACGUCCAGCUGUGUCUAGUUUUAUUCCUUUGAUUAAAUGAUUGAUAUUACUUUUCACAUCUGUCACUCCUACAGUUUAACUAAUCUAAGUAACAGAUUUUUUUUUAAAUCACUGAAAAUUACUCCCUCUACUCUUCCCUUGUUCGGCAGUAAACCAGUAGAUGCCCCUCACAAUAUCAAUGGAAUAUGUAUUUUUUUUCUUCUAUUUACUUUUCAACCUUUUUAAAAUUAGUUUAUAGUUGUUGCCAUAUUUAAAUAUCUAUAAUAUAUCACUCCUUUCAAAUACUUUAAGUAUAACUUCACAUCAUUCUCCUCAAACCAAGAGCUCCAACAGUCCAGACUCUGUGGCAGUGGUAGAGUAGUAGAGGAUAUCCAUUCAAAUAAUUUAAACAAGACCACUAUGUCACUUGCAUAGUGUUCUACUUCUAUAUGUAUUUUGUAAGAAAUGGCUUUAUGUUUUAUCUUUAUGGCCAUUUUAUGGUCUGUUUUUCAGUAUGUUGAUUCAUUCGCAUUCUAGUAACAGUAGAGUUGUUUCUUAAGACAUCUGGGCAUUUUCUUUCAAAUUAAAUAAAGUUUCAUUUGUAUUCAGCUAAAAUGUGUGUGGUCCAUAAAAUGACUCUGGUAUAUUCAAUAGCUAUCUUCUUACAUGAGACUGUGUGUACUGCAUGAAAUGUCAAAAGUGCAAAACAUUAAAAAGUAGACAUUUCAAUGUU